GUAAUUUAUCAAAGCCAUAACAUUUUUUUUUGAAUUAGUCAUGUUUGUAAUAUGUCCUGGUACAAAAUAUUACAUUCAUGUAUUAUUAUUUCAGGUGUUUCAAUAUCGAUUCAAUGGCCAGCGUUGAUUUCUACAGAAACUUUCGUGAUUAUGAAAAAGGGAUUUGGUUCUUUAGACGGCGAAUUUUGGUUAGGCCUUGAAAACAUCUAUGAAAUGGUUUCCCGAGGAAAAACAGAGUUGAGGCUAGAUCUGACGGCUGCAGACGGAACAUCCGUAUACGAAACAUUUCAGAAUUUUAGACUCGAUGAAAGGCCCUAUUAUACUCUUCAUAUCGACAAGGGAGUGGGAACUGCAGGCGAUUCACAUGGUUUAUCAUAUCACAAAGGUAAACAUUUUUCAACUUUCGACAUUGAUCGUGAUGGAGCCAGCAGAAGAAAUUGCGCUAUAGACGACUAUGGUGGAUGGUGGUAUGACAAUUGUGCUUGGGCAAAUCUAAACGGUGAAUAUGUUACUCCUGGUACACAACGACCUGGCAGGCAUGAAGGUGGGAUGAUAUACUACUCAUUUAAAGGCAGAGAAUCACUCAAGGUCUCCAAAAUGAUGUUCCGGCGGGUAUAAAUACAUCCUGAUCCGAUUUUGUCAGAAAAUACAAAAUAUUAUGUUCAAGGUAGUGAUUACUUCUAUGUAAAUGAUAUGUAAAACAUGAUUUGAAGGCAAUACCUUUAUAAUUGUUUCUGAUAGUACGAACACAAGCUUAUUGAAUAACCUGAUAUGAAAAAGUAUGCUUCUAUGUAUUAACUUAUUGUUAAACUUCUUAAAAAAAAAUAUUGUUAACGAUAACGCUUAAUAAGUUCGCAUUCGUGUGUAAAUUCGAAUCACUAUUGCAGCAAUAAAAGUGUAGACAUGAACAGAACAAUCUGAUGAUAACUACGUUUUUAUUACUCCCGCCUCUAUCUUUUUUGUUGUAAAUCCUCUUUUUUUAUAAUAGUCAGUGACAAACGUAAUAACUGAGUGGACAUAAAAAUGUAGACCAUAAAAAGAGGCAAAGUACUAUUAAUUGCACUUGUUAUAGAUAUUUAUUGAAAAAAAUAUAUUGACAUGCAAGUUGUAAGUUUCAAUAUAUUAUCAGUGAUUUUGACGAAAUACUGACCACUGGAAAGGUUUUAUUUCUAUCGAAAACUUUGCUUUCAAAAUAAUGUUCAAUAUUUUUAAGGGCAGGGAAAUUAUUGUUUUCGUCUUUAGAAAAAUGCCUACAUGUCUUUGAUAAUGUUUAAAUAAAGGUUUAAAAGC